GCGUCCCUCACGUUUCCGUGGUCACCGUGAGAUCGGUUCGCCGUCAGUUUCCUGCUGCGGUUAGACGAGCGGCGUCGAGACAGACUGGGAAGAGUCAACACCACCACCACCUCCUCCUCCUCCAAAAUAACUCUACUAUACAAUGAAACUGUUAGCAUUAUCUCCCUCUCUGGACAUCCACUUCGUCACGGUUAUACUGCUGGUGAUGGGCCUCUCUACUCCUGGACAAGCAGAAAUCACUAGUCUGGACUCGGGCAACAUUGAUGACGUCCUAAAUAAUGCUGGGGUGGCAUUAGUGAAUUUUUACGCAGACUGGUGUAGAUUCAGUCAGAUGCUCCAUCCAAUUUUUGAGGAGGCAUCUAACAUAGUGCGGGAGGAGUUCCCUGAUACCAAGCAGGUGGUGUUUGCUCGCGUCGACUGUGACCAACAUUCGGAUAUCGCCCAGCGGUACCGCAUCACCAAGUACCCGACGUUGAAGUUGUUCCGCAAUGGGAUGAUGAUGAAGAGGGAAUACAGGGGUCAGAGGUCGGUGGUGGCCAUUGCUGACUUCAUCCGCCAGCAGCAGGUCGACCCCGUGAAAGAAAUGCACUCAAAGGAGGAGGUUAACACUCUUGAUAGGGCCAAGAGAAACAUCAUAGGUUACUUUGAAAAAAAGGACUCUGAUAGCUACCGCACAUAUGAAAAAGUUGCCAACAUCCUUCGAGAUGACUGCACGUUCUUGGCUGCCUUUGGCGCUGUCUCUGAGUCGGAGCGCUUCAGUGGGGACAAUGUGAUCUACAAACCUGUGGGUGAGAGCGUCCCUGACAUGAUCUACCUCAGCUCACUCACCAACUUUGACCUGACCUAUGCAUGGGCCCAGGACAAGUGUGUGCCUCUGGUCAGGGAGAUCACCUUUGAAAAUGGAGAGGAGCUGACUGAAGAAGGGAUCCCUUUCCUCAUCUUGUUCCAUAUAAAAGAAGACACAGAGAGCUUAGAGAAAUUCCAACAUGAAGUAGCUCGCCAGCUAAUCAGCGAGAAAGGGUCUAUAAACUUCCUUCAUGCAGACUGUGAUAAGUUCCGCCAUCCACUGCUCCAUAUCCAGAAAACUCCAGCUGACUGUCCCGUCAUUGCUAUAGACUCAUUCAGACACAUGUAUGUCUUUCCUGACUUUAAAGACCUGGCGGUCCCUGGCAAGUUGAGACAGUUUGUUUUGGACCUUCACUCUGGAAAGCUUCACCGAGAGUUUCACCAUGGUCCUGACCCCACAGACAGCACGCCUGGACAGGAGGAGACGGGAGGAGAGGUGGCCAGCAGCCCUCCAGAGAGCUCGUUCCAAAAGCUAGCGCCCAGCGAGACUCGCUACACCAUCCUCAGACGGGACCGCGACGAGCUGUGACCUCUACAGCCUUUUCGUGAUCCUGUGACUCAAUACCACGCCCCGGGGUCAGGGAGGGGGUUAGGGUUAGGGACAGGCCACCGGGACAGAACAGCAACACCCAACAACUUUACUGAAGAGUGAAAGAUAGAAAGAUGGAGGAGAGCAGGAGAAAAACAAGACAGCAAGAGGAGGAGAAGAGAGGAGCACAGUCAUGACACAACCAUGUUGGAAUAACCUAUAUUUUCAUAACUCUUUCACGUACAGUUUUUAUUUCGGAUUAAAAGGAAGGGGCAUAAAGAAGAAAUGUGUGUGGGCAAGGGGUUAGGGGCAUUAGGACAUCAAGAGAAGUGUUUUUACUUUUAUUUUUUUGAGCUUGUAAAUAUGUUUGUGCUACAUGGGAGUCUCAUUGUUGGUCUAAAUUAAAUGCAGAGUUUCUUUAUUUUAUUCUUUUGAUUUUCAUCACCCAGCUUUUCUUAGGAAAAAAAACAGAACAGUUCCCUCACUUCUGUUGUACGGUUCUUAUCUGUGGGUAGUCCAGUUCAGCCUGUCUGAUAGGAGACGCUUAUUUAGUCUCACUGACCUCAUGGCUGCAUCUCAAUAUGACCAACUCUAGUGUAAUUCAUUUGUAUAGCACACGUUAUAACGAUAUGCCUGUUUGACGUAGCUUUAUCUCCAUAUCUUCUCCAAAUACAAACAAAUACAUGGAGUUCUUAAGGAAUAGACAAAUAUUUUCACAUACUUGGUGGGGUUAACAUUAUUUCAAAUCCUGAUUUGAGACAGAAGUUAGAGAGACAGAGCUACUCAAUCCUAUUGAGAUGCACCCCCCCUCUCCCUGGUACUAAAUGGUAAUAGAUUAUGAUGUCUCCUACAGUGCCUGUAAAAAAUAUUUGCCCCCUUGGAUCUUUUAAUGUUUUACUUUUUUACAAUACUGAAUCAAAUGAUGUAAUUAGGGUUUUUUUUUUUCCUAUUACUCAACUGAAAACACUGUAAUGUCAAAGAAAAUGAGCUUUUCGACCAUCAUACUAAACACUAGUCUAACACUGCACAUUACCAAAAACACACCAUUCCCACCAUGAAGCCUGCUGGUGGCAGCAUGAUGCUGUGUGGAGGUUUCUCUGCAGCAGGUCCUGCAUGGCUUUGUAAUAGUAGAAAGGGUCAAAUGGAAGCGGCAAAGAUCAAUACAGAAGGAAACCUUAAAGUACAUUAAUUUAUUUAAGCGGAAGACAUAAACCUUAAAAAUAAAGCCAAAUUAACACAGGAAUGACAUGAAAACAACCAUGUUAAUGGCUCUGUAUUGGCAAAAUCAGUGAGUAAACCUCAAAUGCCAAUCCAGAAUGUGCUUGCAUGACUGGAAAAUGGCUUUUCUCUUGUAAUUUCACUGAGCAAAGGAAGGAUGAAGGAGUUGUAGAGUUACAGUCUUGUCCACGUAGGCUCAAGGCUGAAGUAGUUGCCAAAGGUGCCUCUUUAAAUGUCUUGAAGGACAUGAAUAUCUGUCCAAUCAGAAAUUUUGUCUGUUUUGUACCCCUUAACUAAUCUGUCGCAAUUACAUUUUACAUAGAAAUUAAAGAGUCUCUUUCUGUUGAUCAGUGUCUAAAUGUCUAAUUACAUCCACAGCUGUAAAACAGUUAAAUAUGAGUAGGUCAAAGGGGGAUGUGUAUUUUUCAUAGGCACAGUAUUUAAUAUAACACCUCUGAGUUGUGUUCCUGGGAAUUAAAGUAGAGGAGAAAAAGGUUUUGAAAUGGUGUACUUUAACAUGAUCAUGAAUUUAUGAAAUGGCUGUUGUUUUUGCUGUUACCUGUUGUCAAAUGUGUCAUCAUGCCUGGGGAGAAAAGACUGCAUCCUUCCCAGUGUUUUAAAAAGCUGAGAGACAAGAGGGGAAAACCCAUGUGAUGAACGGUGGAAAUUUACAGUCUGCCACUUUGUACAAGUCCUCUUGAAACUGGUUUUGUCUCUUUAUAUGUCUUUGAGGUUUUUGGUACAAGUCUAGAUCCCUGAGAUCCACUGAAUGAAGCGUGAAUGAAAUCCAAAAGUGGAAGCCAGAUUAAGAGUAUGGGGACCCAUUGCUAAGAUUUUACUGCGCGUCCUGCCCUUCCAUUGAGGCCAAAAGAUGCCUGCAUAGUGACAUAUCAGCCCACAUACAGGAGAGCAACAGGGGGUAGUGUGAUGCCAUUUCUAAACCAGUCAUCUCAGAGGGGAAGAAGAGUAAAAAAAUGAAAAAGUAAAUUAAAAACCAUUUUACAGGA